AUGACCACCUCUUGGUGUGUCCUUGCAAAAUCCACACCAACCGCAACCACAAAAAAUCUUUUCCUAGAAUGUUCUUGCUUACAAGCUCAAGAUCAUAAUGGUACGUCAAAGAUGCCAACCAUGGUUGCCGUAAAUGCCUCAAUGGCUCGUCAUGCCAAAAAUGAUUGCUACAUCAUCUUCAUUACCGGAACAAAUGAGGAAAUAAUUUCGCUACGUUUUCAACAUUUGCAUCUAAGACCCAACUGUUUGGAUUACAUUGAAAUUUUUCCAUAUUUACGUGAAGCAGUUGUCGAGAAUACCACACAGCCUGAGUACAUAAUUUGUAACUACACUAGCACGGUCAGCACUGCGGCCAGCAAUGCCACAUCUCAAGAGGCAGUGACCACUAACAGCAUUACCACCACACAUAGCCCCCCAGCAACGUCACUAACGCUAAGUAAUGUCACUGCAACGUCCAGUCCCUCUAGCGCAUCCAAUAUUGGCCAUCUUCCCAGCAAUGUGACAUCGAUUGCCAACAUUUCUACCACCACGACCCUCAUGAAUUCGCAUGAUUUAUCACCUCAUCAAUUUAUUUAUAGUUCGGGCAAAGUGUUUGCUUUGCGUUUACGUUUUAAUAAUAAACCGCCACCAGUGACGCCUUCGUCAGCAACACCUUUGUCACCCACUUCAACAACAAGAACAACGGAGGACAAUGAUUUAAAAACGGUGCCAGUGAAAAUCGAUAAUUGGAAUUUAAAUGUCACCGUUGAAUAUCGAUUUUUAAAGAAAGAACGCUUUAAAAAUGAUGGCCGCCUAAUACCCGGCACAUAUUGUGAUUACUAUUUCUUCGCCAAUCCGGAUGUAUCGCCGAAGGCACUGGAAAUUUGGAAAUAUUUCCAUUCGCCACGAUUUCCAGCUAAAUAUCCUGCCCAUAUUAAGUGUUCAUACAAAUUUAUUGGAAGGCCAGAAACACGCGUGGAACUGAUAUUCGAAGAAUUGGAAAUACCCAUGGUUAACGACAGUUGCAAUUUAGACAAACUAACCAUAUUCGAUGCAGAAUCCCUUAAUAUGAACGCUGUCAUCGAUGUCCUGUGCGGCAAUUCGUCGAGUGGCACACGUCAUAUUCUCAGCACAGGACCGGAUCUUUUAAUUGAAUUCAAUGCAAGUUCUAAUGUAACGGCAAAAGGAUUUCGUGGUAAAUUCAAAUUUAUACCGAAUAACGAAAUUAUGGAAAUGAAGAAGGCGAACAAAGCUACAGAUAUACCAUUUGUGGCGGAUAUGUAUAGUGGUGGGGGUGGUAGUGGUGGCACGGCUGCAGGUGGUGGUACCAUUAUUGACAAUAGUUUAGCUGAAAUAAAA